AUGUCGUCCGGACAGGCGAGCUCUCUCCCGCCCAAGGGAAUGCCAAUACUGUCUGGACCUCCACCUAUCGUCGAGACAGCAGAAUGUCGACGAUGUAACAAGGAGUUCAACCCUUUGUGGCGAAGAGCUCAUAGCUGCGGUCACUGCGGUUAUCAAUACUGCUCCACUUGCCUUUCCGAUGGCCAAGCUUUGAUGCCUCGGAAACCUGGGGCCAGCUCUACCUCAACCAAUCCGUUCACCGCUAUCAAGGAGGAGUUGGGUUUUUCUGAAAAGAAGUCGACGAUGAGCGGUUAUGAUGUGGAGAGUGUCUGUCUGAACUGUCUGAGCAUGCUGCAGGUCACCGCGGCGCCGUUGAAUAUUCUACGGUCGUUACCGUUGAAACGGCUCAAGGGGUAUUUGGAAGCUUACAACAUCGAAUGUGUCGGACCCAAAGAGAAGGAAGACUUUGUACAGGCAGUGCUUAAAGCCAGGAAUCCAACAACAGGAUGUCUGUCGCCCGAAGCAGAGAGCUACUAUCGCCGCAAAUCUGUGCCCAAGGGCAAUGCUGGCCCCUCCUUCCGGCCUCCACCACCUCAAUCAAAUGGUCAGUCCAUGCACUCGACGCAACCAUUCCAAUCCCGACCUCCUCCCCCUCCACCACAGCAGUAUCGCCCACCACCUCCGACCAGCUCUCGUCCCGCUCCUGCCACUCCUACAUCAACUGGCCCUUCUCCAGCUCGUCCUCGUGCUGCAAAUCAGCCUGCCCCUCCCAAGCCUGCGCAACCCCCACCGCCCGUCCCGACUCUGUACUCUCUCGUCAGCCUACCGCUAUCGUACCUGUCAAGUCUGAGUAUAGGCACUCUCAAGGCUAUUCUGUAUGAGAAUCACGUUAGAGUCGACUUCAGUCAAGUUUUGGAGAAGGGAGAGCUGGUGAAGCGAGUAUCCGAGCUGGUGACGGACGAGCGAAAACGGCUCGAACGACAAGCUCGUGAAGAGCAGCUCGAGGCAGAGGGUCGGAGCGCCGAGGCGAGGGAGGCGUCCCCCGCUCCCGAUGGCUCGACAGGAGAAAAGGAGGCAAGACAGGUGCCAACGGGACCCACGCCGGAUAUGGAUCAUGAUCGCUGCGUAGUCUGUCAAGAUGAGCAGGCUACGCUCGCUGCGGUAGACUGUGGUCAUCUCGCAAUGUGUAGCCACUGUUCUGAUUUGAUUAUGGCGACAAGUCGAGAAUGCCCUCUGUGUCGUACGAGAAUCGUGACGCCGCAACGACUAAUCCGCAUUUAUCGCGUCUGA